GAAUGCACCGAGGAAGGGGUGGAGGGCCCUGCUGGGCAUAGCGGGGCUGGGGGCAGAGACAUGGAGACGCCCGCUUCUCACUGGAGGGGGCGCGCAGGGGGCUGAGCGGAGUAGUUCCGGAAAGGGACUCCCGAGGCCGGGGGUGCUGACCGGGACGGGGAGGGGAGAGUGUGCGGGACCCUCGGUGGGGUCGGCGGAUGCGGCACCCGCUGGUCCUGGAAGCGCAGAGGCGAAGGGCCGCCAAUGGUUGUCGCUCCAGAUGCUGCUGCUGCCCCCGCGGCCGCCCCACCCUCGUUCCUCCUCGCCGGAGGCCAUGGACCCGCCGUCCCCCAAGGCAGAAAGCCCUUCUCCCACGCCCUCCUCGGUGGCGGCGCCCCUACCCCCGACGCCGGCCCACCUGCUCAUCGACGCCAACGGGGUCCCCUACACGUACACGGCGCCGCCGGAAGAGCCGCCCCCGAGCCCGCCCCCCCGCGAGCCGUCGCCCGUGGAGCCCCCGCCUCGCAAGGGCUACAACUGCCCGGAGUGCGGCCGCGUCUUUGCCAGCCCCCUGCGGCUGCAGAGCCACCGCGUGUCGCACUCGGACCUCAAGCCCUUCACGUGCGGCGCCUGCGGCAAGGCCUUCAAGCGCUCCAGCCACCUGUCCCGGCACCGCGCCACGCACCGCGCCCGCGCCGGCCCGCCGCACACCUGCCCGCUCUGCCCGCGCCGCUUCCAGGACGCCGCGGAGCUGGCGCAGCACAUGAGCCUCCACUAAGCCCAGACCCGGCGCCCCGGCGCCCGACCCGCACGCAGCGGCACAACCACACACACUCCCCGGCGCUGCUGAGGCUCCUGCCUUACCCCGGGCCUCAGUGUCCCUGUCUGCCCCGAGGGAGACCCGUCAUUCCUGUCUCCGUCCCCCCCUUCCUCCCUGACUGUGUGAUGGGAGCCCAGGCGCUGCCCACCCCCCCUCCUGGGCCGGUGCCCGCCCCGCGGUGCGCGGGAGCCUUUGCCAGUGACUUUCUGAGCCCUGGUGUCCUGCUCCAGUGGUGAGUGGUGGCCCGCGUGGGAGACUCGACAAGAGCACACGCACGGCUCCUCUGUAUCCCCCUCCCACCCCGCCCGCACCCUGUUCUCAAUAAACAUUCCGCACUUCC